AUGGCAGAUCAAUCAGAAAGCGCGUUCAACGCUAGUUGCGAGGCAAACCAGAUGAAAAUUGAAGACUUGUCGGACGAAUUAAAGGGCCUUGUCAUUGCUCAACAAAACUGGCUUGCUUCUACAACUCAUUUUGUAAAGCAGGGUGAUGUCUAUAUAAACAUCGACCAAGCAUUCAAAGAGGAAUUCAAGGACUUGAUUGAAAAAUUGAACCACCCAAAAUCUACCCAAGUAACUUUAUUCCGUACUAAAGACAGUAAUAAGCCGACUCGUGUCCAUGAUAGCCGCCUUAAACGCAUACUAUAUAUGUAUCCACUUCGUAUAUUGCAUGGUCCUGCGAAGGUACACUCUGAUUACCCUGGAAUGCAGGGCUCAAUAUCUAAAGAUAUUCGUGUUGGAACAUGUAUCAUUUUCCAUGACCGGGUUUUUGUUGAUGGCGUAUUGGAGUUCCUUAUCAUCGGUGUACCACGGCAGGAUUCUAGAGAGAUAGAGCAUACGAAGAAAGGAGAAAAGGUAGAAGAAAAGCCUCAUGUACUAUAA